AUGUAUUCUGACGAGGACUACUUGCCAACGAUAGACGCCAUCUUAAAGGUAUCUGACCUUUCGCAAGUGUCGGUGAAGAGAAUACGACGGGCAUUGGAGGCGUUGUUUGAUGUUGAUCUUACUGAGCAAAAAAAGAGAAUUAACCAUUUGAUAUGGACCCGAUACGAGCAUUUUCUGGACCUAGGCGAGAACGGCAGCCAGGAUACGGAAAGUAAAAUCAAAAAACUUGAGAAGGAGAACAAGGAGAUGGCCGCGCGGUUGAACCAGCUUCUCAAAAAGAAAGACGUCCAGAGGGUGACGAAAAAAGCGCGCAAGUCUAGCACUCCUCAGGAAGCGUCUUCAAGCACUUCCAACCCGCUGACGAGGGGAGUGCUGCCCAGCGAGGCUCUUGCCCAGUUUUUGGGGUCGUCAGAACCUAUAGCUCGCACACAGGUGGUGAAGAAGAUAUGGGAGUACGUGAAGGCGAACGAACUGCAGAAUCCAAACGACAGACGGGAGAUCUUGUGCGACGACAAGUUGCGGCCUGUUUUCGGCGAUAAGGUCAACAUGUUCACGAUGAACAAGGUGCUUGUCAAGCAUUUAUUCAACGGCGAAGACAUUGUGCAGACGGCGGAAUAG